GAUGCGUGCUCAUCGGCAACUUAAAGAAUCCAAGGGUAUUUUGGUAAUCAAUCGGGGCCACCACGUCUUGAAUGCUGCCGAGAAGACCAAUUAUUUAGAAAGAGAGAGUGGCACUGCUCUUAACCAUCGAUCAUUCAUGGCGUCUGCGUCGAUUCAUGGAACUUGUGUCCCUUCUUCACUCUUUUCUUCUUCAUCUUCCAGCAAAAUCAGCAGUGGGAGCUCAAUUUCUCUCUCUAGAUCAACAGUUUCUCUCUCUAGACCCGCCUUGUUCACACGGAGAAGAGUGAGCUCUGUGAGAAGAGGUUCUCUGAAUUUGGUUCGAGCUUCAGGAGAUAGAGUGGAUCUGGAUGAGAACCCAGAAGGGAUAUUAUCAGGGGAAUGGCCUGAGAAUUUCUCGCUCCUCAGCUAUGAAGACUUGAGAGCUUAUCUCGAGCCUAAGAUCUUCAAAGAAAAGAUGAAACCAUCUGCUUUACUUGGCGAUGUCAUGUCAACAGCCAUUCACUCUGCUACUGUGGAUCAGACUUUGGAGGAGAUUGAACAUCAUUUUGAAUAUGUAUCGGGCCUUCCUGUUGUUGAUGGAGAUUUCAAAUGCAUUGGAAUUCUAUCAAAGAGAGACAAAGCGAGAGCUACCAAUGGGAUGAAGUCAACAGUUGGUGAAGUCAUGAGCUCACCUCCAAUCACCAUGUUGCAUGAUAGAAGAGUACUAGAUGCUGCUGCUCUCAUGCUCAAGGAAAAGAUUCAUAGGAUCCCUGUUGUCGAAGAAAACGGUCAAGUUGUUGGCAUGGUCACUCGCACAGAUAUUUUCCAGGCAUUAGAGGGUCUUCCUUGUUGAGAGCUGAUAUUCCCAUCGUUAUUAGAGAGCUUCUUGGUGGCACAGCUUGUACAUAAUGGUGGUUUGUGUGUAUAUGUGGACUUGAGUGGAGGCUUCCGGCAUAUGAAAGUAUUGUUAUGUGGUGUUCUGUUUGUACUGUACUAUACAACCAUCUUAUGGAAUCCAUAAAUUUUGUUAUUUGCUCAUGGGUCAUCACUGACUAGCAAAAAGUACAAAUAAAAGCCUACCAGUUGGGGAUGGUUAUUAA